AAUGACAACUCCAUAGGUGGUACCAGGUCAGGGGAGUUCAUCUCUGCUCCCAGCAUCCCUGGGACAGUACUGAUCAACAUAGCUGACCUGAUGCAGAGGUGGACCAGUGAUGUUUUCCUCUCAGUGGUGAGACUUGCCCUUCCAUUUGACACACCUUUACCUGAUGAGAUCAUACAAGACGUUACAGGCUUAUUGCAUGUGGUAACAGAUGUGUCCAUAGGAUUUUACUGCCCCCUGCUGGAGACUGGAGCACACUGCAGUCCCUUUCAGGUCCAUAGGGUUUUACUGCCCCCUGCUGGAGACUGGAGCACAGACUGGAGUGCAGUCCCUUUCAGGUCCAUAGGGUUUUACUGCCCCCUGCUGGAGACUGGAGCACACUGCAGUCCCUUUCAGGUCCCUCCUGCUGGAGACUGGAGGGUCCCUUUAGGUCCAUGGGUGUUACUGCCCCCUGCUGGAGACUGGAGCACACUGCAGUCCCUGGCUUUCUUUGUGCAGCUUGAGGAUGAGGUCCUCAUCACCUGUUGUGACGGAUCCAACAAAUAUCCCCAGGUGAAGGCAGGGUCCCAUCUCAUCCAACACAUCAUUGACUCUUAUAGGAUGGAGCAUUACCCAUGUUAAACUAUGGAAUGAACUGUACAUUUUAUGGUGAACUUUAAUACAGAUUUACUUUAAUACAAUAAUUCCUUGAAUGUAAUUAGUUUGUUUUGUAAUGAUGUUAUUGAAACAGAAUAAGUCAGUAAUGAGGGAAUAAAUAAGUCCAGUCCAACCAUUACCUCUCUCCUCUUUCACAUCCCUCUAUCAU